CGCGCGCGCGCAUACAGCGGCGUCAGAGCUCUUCGCCUUUUCUCAGAAAGGGGUUGGACAGUAGUACAUGCGUGUGUGUGAGUGUGUGAGAGAGUGUGUGUGUUUUCCUGCCACGAUGAGCAGCUGCAGCUUCGUGAACAUGGCGACAAUAGGAGACUUCGACCCGCUCAACGCCACCGUCCCCGCCACCAAAGUUGAAAUCACAGUCUCUUGCAGAAACCUGCUCGACAGGGACACUUUCUCCAAAUCAGAUCCAAUCUGUGUGCUGUACACCCAAGGCAUCGGCAACAAGGAAUGGAGAGAGUUUGGGAGGACAGAAGUCAUAGAUAACACGCUAAACCCAGACUUUGUGCGCAAGUUCAUUCUGGACUACUUCUUCGAAGAGAGACAGAACCUUCGGUUUGAUCUGUACGAUGUGGACUCAAAGAGCACCAAUCUUUCCAAGCAUGACUUCCUGGGACAGGCAUGCUGUACUCUGGGUGAGAUCGUAGGCUCCCUGGGGAGUCGAAUAGAGAAGCCUCUCGGCGGCAUUCCUGGAAAGAAAUGUGGCACCAUCAUUGUGAAGGCUGAGGAACUGAACAAUUGCAGAGAAUCUGUAAUGAUGCAAUUUUGUGGCAACAAGCUGGACAAGAAGGAUUUCUUUGGCAAAUCUGACCCUUUCCUUGUGUUUUACCGGAGCAACGAGGAUGGAACAUUCACCAUUUGUCAUAAGACUGAAGUUGUGAAGAACACCUUGAACCCUGUAUGGCAGGCCUUCAAGAUCCCUGUCAGAGCCUUGUGUAAUGGAGACUAUGACAGAACAAUCAAGAUUGAAGUGUAUGACUGGGACAGAGAUGGCAGCCACGAUUUCAUUGGCGAGUUUAGCACGAGCUACAGAGAGUUGUCCAGAGGGCAGUCCCAGUUUAAUGUGUAUGAGGUCAUUAAUCCAAAGAAAAAAGGCAAGAAGAAAAAAUACCUCAAUUCUGGAACGGUAACACUUCUGUCAUUCCUCGUGGAUACUGAAGUCACCUUCCUAGACUACAUUAAGGGCGGGACUCAGAUUAAUUUCACCGUGGCAAUUGAUUUCACCGCCUCAAACGGCAACCCUGCCCAACCAACUUCCCUGCACUACAUGAGUCCAUACCAGCUGAAUGCUUACGGCAUGGCUCUCAAAGCUGUAGGAGAGAUCAUUCAGGACUAUGACAGUGAUAAGAUGUUCCCAGCACUGGGCUUCGGUGCCAAGCUGCCCCCUGACGGGCGUGUAUCCCACGAAUUCGCACUAAAUGGAAACCCACAGAACCCAUACUGUAAUGGAAUAGAUGGUGUAAUGGAGGCGUACUACCAAAGCCUGAAGUCUGUGCAGCUUUACGGCCCCACCAACUUCUCCCCCGUCAUCAACCACGUAGCAAGGUACGCUGCAUCUGUGAAAGACGGUUCUCAGUAUUUUGUCCUCCUCAUCAUCACAGACGGAGUCAUCUCUGACAUGGCCCAGACCAAAGAGUCCAUUGUUAAUGCUUCAUGUCUUCCCAUGUCCAUUAUCAUCGUUGGGGUCGGACCAGCAGAGUUUGAUGCGAUGAUUGAGUUGGAUGGGGAUGAAGUCAGGAUCUCGUCCAGGGGCAGAUAUGCAGAAAGGGACAUUGUGCAGUUUGUCCCAUUUCGGGAUUACAUUGACCGAACAGGGAACCACAUCCUCAGCAUGGCGCGUCUGGCAAAGGAUGUGCUGGCCGAGAUCCCAGACCAGUUCCUGUCCUACAUGAGAACCAGAGGCAUCAAACCUUUACCCGCACCACCUCCAUACACACCACCAGGACAGCCGCUACAGACCCAGAUCUGACCCACUCUCAUUUGUAUUUCUCUCUUUCUCUCUGAAGAUCCAAAUGAUGUGGAGGGGCACUUCUCCCCUUUCAUUAUCUGUCUCUCUCAUGUUGCACUAUAGGCACUAGAAGGAUGAAGACACCGUGGCCAAACAGGGCCAGUGAGGCCUGAUUUACUUCCAUUACAAGCGUUCUUCUGUCAGGGUCUCUCUCUCUCUCUCUCUCUCUCUCUCUCUCUCUUUCUCUCUCUCUCUCUCUCUCUCUCUCUCUCUCUCUCUCUCUCUUUCUCUCUCUCUCACUCUCGCUCUCUCUCUCUCUGUUACUUUCAUUCUUUCUCUUUGUCAGAGCCUGGCUUAUCUCUUGUAGCCUCACUAAAAUGGACUGAGCUUGACCUUUGUUCGGGCUCCAUGUUGGACUGAGGAAAAAAAGAAGGGAUCAGUUGACAUUGUUUUGUCGGAGCUGCAUGCUUUUCCAGGAGAAGGGCCGAGGUUCUUAGUCCUCUGGCCACAAAUCACUCGACUGUUGUAAAUAACUUUGGAAACUGAUAAUUUUCCUUUUACUUAUGUAUAUUCCUCUCUCUUUUUCUCUUUCUCUCUCUCUCUCUCUCUCUCUCUCUCUCUCUCUCUCUCUCUCUCUCUCUCUCUCUCUCUAUCAGCUCUCACUCAGUGUUUACAUGUUGAUGAUUUUCUUACUGUUGGAUACUUUUAUAUAAGCGUAAACUUUCAGUAUGAACUUUGGAAUACAACUUCUAUCUGCGUUUUGUCUUUGCCACGCAUGUCAGGCACUUACUGUCACAUUAAGCGCAUUGCAUGGCAUGGAGUAAGCUCCGCUUCGUGGUGCAUGAAGGCCAUGUUUGACCUCAUCCUUUUUUUCUUUCUCAGUCUUUCUUUCCUUUAUUCUUCUCCUUCUCCUCUCUCACAUCACCCUGGCACAAGCGUGGUAUGUGUGUGUGUGUGUGUGUUUGUGUGUGUGUGUGUGUUUGGAAAAUAUGUUGUGUCAAAACUUUAGCAGCUGCUCUCAAAUAGGAUUUGAGACUAUGAGCCCAGUGGUCAAAAACAUAGAUGCCAUUGUUUUUCUUCCAUUUCUGUCUUGUUCAUAGUUAGCAAAAGACAGUACGGGUGUUUUAUUGGUUUGUAAAUCAGUGUUGUUUAAAAAAGAGUCUUAUUAUCAUUUAAAUUAUUCAGAGUUGCCCAAUGAUGUGGAUAAAAAGCACAGUUCAUUUAAUUCACCUGGACAUCGUUGGUGCAGGAUUUGAGUUUUCAUAGUACAAUAUUUCUCCAGAGGAACAUCUGUACUAACACAGAAUAAUAAGAUUAAUUAACCCCACUCCCAGACACCAAGCUAUUAUUAAAGCAUAAUUCAAAUUAUAACAUAAUAUUUGCAUUUAUUUCUAUAUUUAAUUCAGUGAAAUCUUCCUUCUAUGCUGCACAGCCUUAAACCACACUAGAAAGCUAAAACGAUUUAAAUCAAAUAUAUACAAGAUAGACACAAGAUGUUUUAGUAACCGGUCACGCCUUACUUUAUGAAAACUUGAUCAAAAAGAAUACUUAAUAUUAUAUAGGAAUAAUGCUUUGUAAUACAGAUUUUUCAGCUGGAUCGAUGUCUGUUGUGUCUGUAGUGUAUGUGAAAUUAUCACAGACUUAUCACAGAGAUUUCUAAACAUAACAAGCAUUUCAUAAGAAGAGUUGUUAUACACAAAUUUCAGCGUAAACACUACAUAACUUAAUUAUAAAACUGCUUUCACCUUCUGAAAAUUUUCUGCAAAAAAUAUGUAUUUAACUGCCCCAACAACUGAUCUUACACUUUUAUUGCUGAAUUUUAACUAAACAAGGUUUUCCAUUUAUUUUACAGUGCAGGAAAAUACAACAGAUUUUAGAGAAAUUCUUUAAAUAAACUCAAAGUUCAGUAUUUGAUAUAACUGGAAUAUCCUGGACCUCUCUUCUUUAUAAUGUAAUAAUUAAUAAAUUAAACAUAAAUCUGAAAAUAAAAACCUAAAAAAAAUAAAAUUAUAUACUUAUUAACAUUUAAUACCUUAAUAACAUUUUUGGCAACUCAAAAAUUCUGAUUUUUGAAUUGUACCUAAAACCUGUUUUUAUCAUUUUUUUUUUUAUUUUAUUUUAAACAAGUCUGUGAUUCCUUCCAGCCUCGGUUUCUGACAAGAUUUCUGUUACACACAAGCCUUGAUUUAAAAAUAAAUAAAUAAAUCUGUCAGUUUGAACAAAUGUAUGUUGGAGGCUUAUUAUGUUUCAAGUAGCAUUAAGUCAUUAUAAUUAAGCAUUGAAUAAUUAAUGGCCAAUAUUUGUCUUCUUUUUAAAGUCAUGUCUCAGGCUCAGUUUUUUUUUUCCACACACAAAAAAGCCAGAGUUCAGGCCUCUUUGCUAUUCAUUAAAUAAUGUGAACAGCAUUCAUCAGGGGGUUCUCAGAGUGGAAUGGCCGUAAGUGUGAACGGCAUAAUAUGUAGCAAAUUGAAUUUAACGACAAAAAUGGACACCUCACCAAAUUUAGCUUUUUUUUUUCCCAGUUCUGUAGUCACAGACUAGCAUAGCUGAGUGUAGCCGAGUGUUUUGGAUGAUGUCUGAUUCUACAGUGUUUCAUGUAGCUCAAUGCCUCUGUGAAUGGGAGCAUGGAUCACAACUUACUUUCUCAUUUGAGUUAGUAAUAUGAAUUUAAUGCCUGAUGAUAUGCCAUUAAUUGCAAUCAGGAAUUUAUACAAUUUAGAACUGAUUUACAAUCUUAAACAGUCUUAAAACUUUUAUAAAGGCUUCAUAAAUAUAAAUCUUAUACAUGCCGUGUAUGUGUGUGUGUGUGUGUGUGUGUGUGUGUGUGUGUUUGUGAGAAAGUGCAAACAUUAACAUCAGGAGUACCAGCUGAGAUUUUUUUGCUCCUUGGCAGCUACUUGGCUGCGCCCCUCAGUCCAACUAUGGUUUGCAAACUAGCUUUGCCAACCACAUUACUCUGUGUGUGUGUGUGUAUAUGUGUGUGUGUGUGUGUCUGUGUCUGUGUGUGCGGAUGUGCUGGUGAUGAAGAACUAAUCUGGCAGGAUCCAUCAGAGGUGUGAUUUCAUUCACAUAAACUCUUGUUUACUGAAAAUAUCCAAAUAUAUUGUAUGCUUGUCAUAUCUUAUUAUAUAAUGUGCACUAUGUUUGCAUGUACAGUUUUACAGGAGAUGCACUAGUUCUUUUUGUUAUUAAUAGAGUGUUUUUGGGAAAAAAAUGUUUUAAAAAUGUCAGAAUAUCUGUACAAAAUGGCCUUAAUCUCUCACUGAAUUCUUGGAAUCGUGCAAUGCCUUCAGAUAUGAAUUGUUCUAUAUUUUGUGUCAGUGUAGAAUUGCUUUCUAGUGUAUAAUCUCUUUGCACAGAUUCAUGUAUGAAAAAAAAAAACAUAUUGUACUUUUUGCUAAUCGUUGAUUAAUCCGAGAAAGCAUGAUUGCAGUACUGAUUGUCUGGUAAAUCCAUAUGAUUAAAUGACUAUUUCUGUAUCAAAGUAUUGAUUUUGGAAUAAACAUUCUUACUAAACACAGUGCAAUUAAAGAA